ACGACAACCACUGAAGCCCUGACAACAACAACUGCUGUUCCUACAACCACUACAGCUCCAGAACCUAUUACGACAACCACUGCAACUCCUACUACAACUACAACUUCAGCUCCUACGACAACCACAACAACAGCACCUACAACAACUGUAGCUGCCAUGACAACUGCAGCUCCUACAACAGCUAUAGCAUCUACAACAACCAAUGCAGCCCUAACAACAACAACUGCUGCUCCUACGACCACUACAGCUCCAGAACCUCUUACGACAAACACUGCAGUUCCUGCUACAACAACUACAACUUCAGCUCCUACGACAACCACAACAACAGCACCUCCAACAGCUGUAGCUCCCACGACAACUGCAGCUCCUACAACAGCUUUAGCAUCUACGACAACCACUGCAGCCCUGACAACAACAACUGCUGUUCCUACGACCACUACAGCUCCAGAACCUAUUACGACAACCACUGCAACUCCUACUACAACAACUACAACUUCAGCUCCUACGACAACCACAACAACAGCACCUACAACAACUCUCCAGAACCUAUUACGACAAACACUGCAGUUCCUGCUACAACAACUACAACUUCAGCUCCUACGACAACCACAACAACAGCACCUCCAACAGCUGUAG